AACGUUUUAUUAUUAGUAUUUAAUUAUUUUACACUUACACUUUACAAAUUAUAGAGUCAAACGUAAAGUUAUAAUAUACUAUAGAAGAGUAUGGUGUUAGUGUUAACAUCAGUUAUGGCUUUGAAAGUUGUUAAACAUUGAUUAUAUUUGUUAUUUCUUUAUUGGAAAUUCUUAAUCUGUAAGUUACAGUUAAAAAUAUUCCAUAAUAUUAAAAAGUACGCACGUUUAGCUAAAGAAUAGUGUUAUUGAUCUGAAUCUUGAAUACAAAGCAUAACUUUUCGUUGAGGAAGAACUGGACAAAGAAACAAUUUACUGUUUUUUUUUUGUUUUGUUUUGUUUUUUCUUUAACAAUUGAAAAUACUGCAAGUCAGCAAGGAAAUCAAUGUUUAGUGUGCUAGGCUUUUCAGCCAAAGUUUAUAAACUGUAUUUCAAGGGGGCAGAAAACUUUAAAUUGUAUACCCUGCUCAGGACAAAAAAGCAGGAAUAAGUGUGUGUGUGUAUAGUUUUUUGAAAUACAUGUGCAUGUAUUAUAAUGCCAGCACCUUCAAGCCAUGUUGAUUUCAAUAAUGAAAGAAGUCGUAAUGCUUCACUUUCAAAUGAAGCCUGUGGAAUUCGAGAAGUGUGGGCAUAUAACCUGGAGGAUGAGUUUAACAGAAUUCGUCAAAUUGUGCAGAAUUACAGGUUUGUGGCUAUGGAUACAGAGUUUCCAGGUGUGGUAGCACGACCUAUAGGAGAAUUUCGGAGUACCUCAGAGUAUCAGUACCAGCUGUUAAAGUGUAAUGUGGACUUGCUCAAGAUUAUUCAGCUUGGACUCACCUUUUUAAAUGAACAGGGAGAAACACCACCUGGUUAUUCUACUUGGCAAAUCAACUUUAAGUUCAAUCUGACAGAGGAUAUGUAUGCCCAAGACUCCAUUGACCUCCUUACAAAUUCAGGCAUUCAGUUUAAAAAACAUGAAGAAGAAGGAGUUGAUCCCUAUGAGUUUGCUCAGCUGCUAAUGACAUCUGGUGUGGUCCUCUCAGAAAAUAUCAAAUGGUUGUCUUUUCACAGUGGAUAUGACUUUGGCUACCUGCUAAAAAUAUUGACAGGUCAGAAUUUACCAGAGGAAGAGUCUGAGUUCUUUGAAUUGUUAAAGAUUUACUGUCCAGUAAUUUAUGAUGUCAAGUACCUUAUGAAGAGCUGUAAAAAUCUUAAAGGUGGACUCCAAGAAGUUGCUGAACAGUUAGAGUUGCAACGAAUUGGACCGCAACAUCAAGCUGGUAGUGACAGCCUUUUGACUGGUGCAGCCUUCUUUAAAAUGAGAGAAAUGUUUUUUGAAGAUAAUAUUGAUGAUGCCAAGUAUUGUGGCCACUUGUAUGGGCUUGGAACAUCUUAUGUGGUAAAUGGAAAUGCCUACCAAGAAGAUACUCCUUCCAACUCUACUCCCACAUCCUGAUAUCUAGGAACAAAUUACAGGCCAUUUUGCUGUUCACCAAGUGUUUUGACCAUCAUCUUGUAAAGAAACAUCACUGUACUUCAGUUCAAGAUUUGUGUGAAACUUCUAUCCAUCUAUCACAUUGAUGAGAAGAGUUUUAUAAAAUAUUUUGUAUGUUGUUUGUCUGCUUAUGUCAUAAUACAUCUUUUUAAUCUAGCCAUGUAACUUUUUAUCAUAACUCUCUCACUGCCCUUCUAAAGUACAAAUCAACUAGAAACUUCUUUGUCAACAACUAAUACAUUUAAAAAUAGCAAAUAUGAAAGCUCCUAAAUUAUGAGAUUAGAUGAAUUAAGGGUUUGUUUAAAAAGGCUUAUUUUCAAUUAUCAGUCUCUGUCUGUUACCAAGUUUUAGAUAAAUAUGAUACUUUCAGUAUCAAGAUAGUGAUUCUGUUAGAUAGCCCAGAAAGAUGCGUUGUCCUUGCAGAAAUUACUUUCUUGGUAAUGUAAAUUUUAUAUUUCUCUGUUUAGCUUGUCUUUUUAGAGACAAAAACACUACUGAAAUGUGAAUGUCCUGUUACUAUGUUGCCCACUUUGAUUUAAGAUGAUUACAUUAAUUUUGGAUAACAUGUGUGGGAAAAAUGGUAUUUAAAAUUUGCUUUGUUUAAUUUUUUUUUAAUACAUUAUGUUUCCUCAAAUAAGAUACUUUUAAAAGCAUUUCUUAAAUAUAAUACAAAAUACGAGAAUUAUUAAAUAGUCAAAUUUACAUCUCUGAGAAGAUAAGAUUUUUAGAUAAAACUCAAGUGAUAAAUCACCAGCUGACUCAUGUUUGCAUAAAUUUUAAAUAUUUAGUGAAAAUAAUAAAGGCAACAAAUAGAAUAUACAACAUGGGAUAGAAUAUUACAUGUAAAAUUAAAUGCCAAGAGAUACACAUUUACAUUUCAUUCAAAAUUAACACACUGAGAUAGCAAAACAUAAAAGUCACCACUAUAGUUUUUCUGUUUUUUUUUUGGAAACUUACUGCUUUUUUUAAAUAUGUAAGUAGUUUUCCUAGUACAUGUAUCUCUGACCUCUGAUGUAUAUCUGAGUGCACUUUUAUCACCAAGGUUUUGAAUUGGUAAUUCCAUACCUAAAAGCAUUUUAGAGUUAAAUUUUAAAGACAUCAUGUAUGUUCAUUUUUAAAUGAAUCAAGUAAAUUUGAGAAAAAUGUUAAAAGACUUGCAGCAGGUGGAUUUAUUUUUAGUUGUUGUUUUUAUUGUAUUUGUUAAAAUUACUGCUUGCAUGAAAAUUUUGAAAAUGAGAAUUGUUUCUUAAUUUUCAAAUGCUUAAGUAUUAUUGCAUAAUUUCAAUGCUAAUUUUGGCUUUAUUUUCAUUUUAUUUUUUGUACUUGUAUUUUUAUUAAUUCUGACAUUGAAAUUAAAGAAAAAAAAAUCAAGUGUAUGACAGAUAUUUAUCUUUCCAUUAACUUAAUAUGAAGAAGAAUAGAUUGCAUAGUGUACCUACGUGUGUAUGAUUUAUUCUUAAUCAUGUUUUGUAUUGGAAUGAAAUGCAAGUUUAACAUUAUUUUUCAUGUUUGUUUUUCAGCAGUAACUUGCAUCUGAAAAAAAAAUAAAGGGACAUAUAUCUUAUUUUAUUAGAUUUAAAAAAAUAUCUAGUUUAUGGUUUAACACUUUAUUUUGUCUAUAGAGUUUUCUCAUUAAAUCUAACCUGCAUUAUCUUUAAUAAAUAACUAGUUUUAUGAAUGUUUUAAAUGAUAAUUUGAAAUAGAUAAUUUUAUUCUUCAAAAAAAUGUUUUAAGAAAAUACUAUAAAUGUGAAAAACUAACAUUAUAUAUACUUUUAUAAUGGCUGCAAAAAUUGUUUGUGAUCAGCUGUUUUAGCUUAGAAAUGUCUUUUAUACUCUGUUGAGCAAUUUUUAUUUUCAGUAGAAUAAAUUAUAUUCUACUUUGUGUAGUGGAAGUUUUUAAAUAUUAAUGAAGAAUUUAGAGAUUCCAUUCAAAUGCUUACUUAAAUAGUAAUAAAAUAGUUCAUACAUAUUACAUUGAAUGAGAUACAGAUACAUUGGAUAUGUUGAUAAUCAAAUUCUUUUAUAGUCACAGGUGAAAGAUGCAUAUCGGGUACUACAACUGUCAUCUUUUGAUGAGAUAUGUGCUCUCUGGACUAAUAAAAUUGUAAACUAUGUAACUAAUGCACUCAUUUUAGGUUUGCAGGGCUUAUAUUUACCUGUGAUGCAUUUUUAUCAAUGUGAAAACAUGAGAUAUAUAUGCACACACAAACAGAAAUUAUUUAGCUUCUCUAAAUUUUUUUAAUCUGUAUGAUUUCAAAGCCAAGUGGCAUGUUAAUAUUUUUUAAAAGGUUUGAAUUCUAGUAUGGACUUUUUUUUUGAGAACCAAAGAAAUAUUCUGGGUGAAUUGUUCAGAAAAAAUUAGUGCUUUGCCUGACUAGUUUAUUAAAAUGUAUAAAACAGCAUUGUUAAUUUCGUAACUGUGAAUGAAUCAUUACAUUAGCAUUUUAUGUGUAAAGAUUUUCUAAACUCUGGAUUCUCCUAUUAUAUAAUAUACUUUGUUAACAUUAGCAGCAAUACAAAGAAAUGUAGCAAACCAAAACCUUAAGAAGUUCUGUAAAUCUUACAAGUAUAUUAUAAUUUUAGAUUGUUGUUAGACAAACUAUUUCAACCUUGAAACCUCUGCAUCAGUAAUUAUUGUAAUCAAGAUGUCAACAAAUGCAAAAAUUAAACUGUUAAAGGUACCUUUAUUUUACAAAUUACAACUGUUAAAAAUUGUCCACAAAUUGUAAUCUUUUAAAAAUUUAUUCACAACAUUUUGGUUAAUUUUCUCAAACAAAACAAAGUUAUGAAAGCUGAAUGAAACCUAGAUGACAUGAUGCUCGACUUUAAACUUAAUAAUAUUAGCUUCUGUUCUGAUCUGUUUUAAAGUGUUAGUUUCAAACGAUUUUUUGUAUGUUCUUACUUCAAAAGCAAAAUUUUAUUUUAGUAAGUUGAGGUGUGUAUAUCAUGUUUUUGACUUAGCCAAGUUGUAUGUUGUAACUUGUUUUUAUUAACAUUCUACCAUAGCCUUAAUUGAAGACUGGCUAUUUCCACAUAAAUGCUGUUUUUUUAUGCAUGUUUAUUUUAUCCUUUGAAAUUUUGUAAAACUUUGUAAUAAAAAAAUGAAAAACAAUCAUUGUUCCCAAGUACAAAGAUAAAAGGUUUUUUUGUUUUGUUUUUAUACUCAUUUAGUCAACUAUAUGUGUAAUAAUUCUCUUAGUUAUUAGCUUGUCUUAAAACUUCAUCCAAUAAGCUACCCUCAAAUAAAAUACUAUCAAAAAAUGCAUACUGGACUAUGAAAAUUCAAUAAUAAUUUUUUAAAAAGUACUUUAAAUUAUUUUAAGAGAUAUGGAACUUGGUUUUAUAUUUACUUUUAUGAGUACUUAGAAUGAAAAGACAAAAAAAAGCUAAAUAUAAAUAUAUCUGAAUUUUGACAAAAACUACAGGAUCAAUCAGACAUACCUACAUAUUAGAAGUUUUUUCUUUUACUUGUGCACUCCAUAAUACAGUAGUGUGGUUGCUUUUGUACAAGUAAUUUGAUUGUUUACACAUAAUAGUCUUAAUGAACUUAAAAUAAAAGAUAGGAUAAUUUUUUAGUGUCUGCAGUAUUGUUAUCAUAUUAGUGAUGAAUUUAGUCUUCAAAUGAGUUCUGUAUUCUAAGUACAAAAAGUAUAAAGUUUUAAUUCAUAGUAGAUUCUGCAUCUAAGAAGCCCAGAAUAAUUGUUUUAAAUUAUGAUUACUAUUAUAACUUUUUGAAAAUGUUGGAAUUGAUGUUCAAUGGAAACAAAAUUUUAAAUCCCAAAAGUAAUAUUUUCACAAAAAUCUUUGUCUUAAUUUUGUUAAAUAUCCUAUGUAUUCUUGUCAACCAGGAAUUCUUACAUGCAAUUUGAAAGUAAUUAUAAUUCUUGAUGAUUCUAAAUCUCUGUGUAACAGUUACUGAAAGUGAAGUUUUAUUUACAUUCAAUAAAUAAUAUUAGAAAAUUUGUUUACAUCUAUUUGGAAAGGGUGACAACCAUGAUUACCUACAUAUAGAUAUAUGGAUAAGUAGUGAUCCAUUCUUAUACUUCUGAAGGGCAGUGUUUCAUUUCUACUGAUUUUAGUGAUGUUGUAAAUAAAAUGCUCAUGAGCGUUUUGUCA